ACAAUAUUGAUCUCCUACACAAAAGAAUGGACAUUAUUAAAAAGAGAAUGGAAAGAGUUAAUGAAAAAAUUAUUAAUCUUAUUAAUUAUAGCAAUUGAUAAAUCCCCAUUAUUUGUUGUUUGGAAUUUUAUAAGCAUUCAAAGAAUCUUAGAUGAUGCAUUAAUUGAGCUAAUUUUGUACUUUCAUGUAAACCUCUUAAUCAACUAUUAUCUUAUCCUUAUUUUCCUGUAACUUCAAUUAUAUUAUUUUGAAAUUCUAUACUUUCUUUAAUUCUUCAUGGUUGGUGACAACUUGUAAUAAUAAUAGAUUAUACUAAAAGUCAAUAAUCA